CGAAUUUUCAAAAGGCCCAACAGGGACGUUCUGCCGUAAUGUCUCGUGAGUCCAGGGAAUUGGCUGCUUUGCUCGGUAUGGAGAAAGACCUCGCUACUCACUGAUGCAUCCACACAUAGGCACACAGGCUUCCCCGCACUAUUCACCCACUACCUAGGUUGGUAUUAGAACUUGACCACACCACCACAGCCAUGUUCUGCGUCUUCGCACACAAUGUUGCCUGCCACAGCUCCAAAGGCUUUUCCGAGCCGAUGAGAAAUGUAUCAUAGUUUCAAAGUCAACUCAGCCGCCUUCAACAAUGCUGCCGACCAAGAAGCAGCGAAACGAAGGACCUCAAACUUCAGAGCUUGCGAACCAUGUCGCAGACGCAAGAUCAGAUGCGAUGGCUCAAAACCGUGUGACAAUUGCCAAAGGUAUCGAGCAGAACCAUCUUGCCAUUAUGUGGAAGCUACGAGAAGGCUGUCGCAUGCCAAAAGGUCAGCCGAGAGAUUUAGCCAGGAUCUGGAAGACUACCGCGAGGUCUUCCAGCAAUUAUUUCCCGGCUCUGAUCCAAGCAAACUCAAAGGGCUGUCCAGAGAGAGGAUGGUUGAGUUGUUGAUGACAAAUACGGCCCCUCAGGAGAUUUCACCCUCUACAUUGACAGCGGACGAGUCAAGUCCGUUAAGCGAAGAAGCCGAAGUUUUGGAACGAUUCCAACCUAUGCCGGAAGCUGAACAUCCCGCCUUAGAUGAUGAACUACGAGACAUAGCUGACGAUGUGAACGCUCUUUCCUUAUCCGUCAACGAAGCGCCGUCUUAUGUGGGGAUAUCCUCAGUCGGCGCUGCUCUGCGAGUGAUUGAGUGGCUGCGUCCUGGAUGUCUACCAAGGAAGCCACCAAGUCCCCGAUGCGAUCCUCCUUUAACGAAGCAUGAACACCACCAAAGACAUUUCGCCGACGCCAGCGAGCUCUCUGAUCCCUCUUCGUCCGCUGCUUGGGAGGAGAUCCCUCUCAUCAACGCUUUCUUCGAAUUUGUCCAUCCAUCGGUACCUCUUCUUGAUGAAACCUCUUUUCGGCACACCUAUCUUGCCGGCCACCGAAGGGACUCACGAUGGUAUCUCUUGCUGAAUACUGUUCUGGCUAUGGGCACCGUCGUUGCUGGCCCCACUGCCGAAUCGUCAAACCACUGGACUUACUUUGCUCGAGCCAGCGAAUACUUGACGGUUGAUACUCUCAAUAAUGCCCACUUUGAAGUCAUCCAGGCUCUAGCAAUACUCUCUGGUCUCUAUCUUCAUGUUUUGCAGAGGCCUACACAAGCGAACGUGCUUAUGGGUGCCACCUUAAGACUUGCAAUCAUAUUAGGUUUACACAAGGACUUCACUGAAGCAAUUGCAUCAAACACGACUCAAGUAUCCGCAGUAUCGACGACCGCAGAAAUGCGGCGAAGAAUCUGGUGGUCGCUGUUCAUGCUCGAUUCAUGGGCAGCCAACGGACUCGGACGCCCGACGAUGGGUCGACUCAGUUCAGGCGUAACAGUCAAGCUGCCACAAGAACCAAUUGGCCGAUCACCGGUUCUACUCAAACUUGUCCAAGAGAAUAUCCGCCUCAGCAUCCUUAGCACAAAGAUGGAAGAUGCACUUGCUACGUCACCAAUUCUUAACGAGGACGAAAGGCAAGCAUUGGAUGCAUCAUAUAUUGCUUGGUUUGAAUCAUCCUCCACCAAGGACAAAAGUCCAAUCCCGCGAGAGCCCCUGGGCGUGGAUGUCCUGUCCAAUCUCAUGAGAUGGCGAUACGUCUGGCAUAGAAGCAUCAUCCACAGACCGUAUCUUCUGUGGUACUUGACUCGCAAAGAACCGCUCGAGAAGUUAUCCCGUGAGAAGAAGCAUGCAGUGGAUCUAUGCUACAAACUCUGCGGAGAACUCAUCGAAGACAUUGCAACAACAUGGCAAGGACGAAAAGCUUGCCAAUUUGCAGGCUGGAAUGCGACGUGGCUAAUCUAUCAGGCAUCGAUGACUCCUCUGCUGUGCCUAUUUUGCCAGUUUUCAGACCCUGCGACGAUUGGGAAUAGUCAUCACCAAAUAAAACUGGUUCUGAAGACGUUGGGAGCUCUUCAGCCAUGGUUCCCCACAGCACAAAGAUCUGCUGAAGUGGUUCGAUGGCUGUAUGGAGCAAGUAUCGCUCAGCCCGACACAGUUGGCAAUUCAGUACCGAAAGGUCCGAACGCCCCUGUGGGAGCCGACAUACCAGAUGAUCUGGGACACAAACAGUCGAAUGACUAUGGAUUUCCCGGUGAUAACACAUUCGUCGACACCGCUGUCCCUUCUCCGCCGUUUUCGAAUGAUUUCUUCGGCUCCUUGGGUUGGAGCACCGACUGGGACACGGCAAUGGUCGAUUUUGACAUUCCGGCAUUUGGCAUCGAGGCCGAAACGGACCUUACUGACGAGUACAGAUGAGACCCGUUGUAGUCGAAAGGUUGGCUUGAAUGUUGUACGUGCACGCAGCGGGCUAUGGUAUGGAUUAAGAAAUAUGAGCGCUAGCCCAUCCAAACCUUUGCAGCCUCAAUAUUGGCUUGGUGCGUAGUCCUCGCCACAACCUUGCUAGGGUGUUUUGAGCGAGUGUUCGG